AGGGAGAAGCCGAGCUGUCAAUGUAAGUGUGCAAUGAUUAGCCAGUUUUUUUCUUUUUCCAAACUUCAGCGUUUGGACGUCGCAGCAAUUAACCAGUACCCGUAAGUUUUAAAACAGCAUUAAGGUUAUAGGAGACAUGAGUGGCACGGUACAGCAGAUUACUCUGAAUCCAGGCGUCCCCUACUUCCUAAGAGUUGACUGGGCUGUGGACCUGGGUGCUGGAUUCACACUAGCUCUCACUGACGGAAGCUCAGUGUGGAUCGGAGAAGUUUCAGAGGACGAGGUGACAAGAGAAGCCAAUGAGAUGGGAGUCAUAAGGGAGAAAUAUGUUGAAGAUCUUCUUCAAGCUCUAACAAAAGGUGAAGAAAGAGUGGGAGGAAAACGAAAUGGGAAAGAGGAAUAUUCUUUUUGCCUCUCUUCGAAUCACAAUCUUCUUUCAUAUCAGAAGAUCUGCAACAACAUUUUGAUACAUUUGGGCUCCGUGGAGCUUCAGCCAGCGCCAGACUCUGUGGAGCUCAUCCGGGAGAUGAUCGGGAAGUCUCUGCAGCACAGAGCAGAUCUGGAGACAGAAAACUCAAGACUGUUGGAGGAGAACUGCACACUGAGACAGGAUCACCAGCGUAUACUGAAAGAGUUGGAGCAGCAGGUUAAGGAUAAGGAGAUGUUGGAAAAGGAAAUGUAUUCGCGUUUUGUCAUGGUGUUAAAUGAGAAGAAAGCGAAGAUCAGAGGACUGCAAGAGACCGUCCGACUGCUCAGCCACGCUGACGAGCAGCAAAAAGAGGAAGAAAGAAGACAAAGUGACAGUGAGGCCUCUCAAAGUGAAGACGGCGGACAUCCCUCUCAGGAGUCGACUAUCCUCAUGAAAGGUUGUAGUUUAGUGUCACAAGGCAUCCCUAUCCAUCAAAGUUUUUCUGAUGAUGAAGAGAGAGAGACAGAAGAGAUGGUUGCUUCAGAAUCCUAACACAGACUCCUCUGAAGAGCAAUAACAUUCAUGACUGAACGUGAACACAGGCCCUUCACAUUCUCUGCAGUGUCUUUGGGAACUGUUUGUAUUGCUGCAAAUGAAAUGGAAAUGGCAGGUAAUUUAGAAACAAAUGAUGUAUGCAGUUUUUCAUGAUUUUGGUUUUGCUAGCUGCCUGUUACUAAAAUAUUGCUGCCACUCAGGCUCUGUGCUGUUUAAGAAUGAAGAAUCAAGUUCAGAAAACUAACAAACAAAUGCUUCUUUUUGGGUUUUUUGUCCUGCUUUUCUUUUUUUUUUAUUUAUUAAAAAAAGAAUAAAUGCAGUAUGUUUCAUUUAAACACUGUAAACUAGCACUUUGUCAAAGGUAAUUUGAACUUAAAUCUUUCUUCUUGUUUUUAUAAGCCCUUUUAUUGUCUGGAAAUUUAUGACCAAAGCAACCCGGUUGUCUCCACGGAGUGACUGAGGGGAUGUUGUUUCUCAUUGUCUUAAUUUCCACACUUUGUGUUUUAACUCAGCUACCAGCUUUGGUAGCUGAGUUACUGUACUUGCAUCUUUACAUUGGGGCCCAAUUCACCAGCCUUCAGGUUCUUUAUCUCACCAUUCUGCCUUUGGCUUUUAGAUCCUCUUGCAGUCUUUUGUCAUUUUGAUGAUACCUUUUUGUCUGCUUAAAUCCACGGGUGGCCGCCUGGUUAAUCCUCCUGCAACACGUUCUUGCGGGUGCUGUAAUCCCCACAAGAAUGUUCCACUCUCUCCUCUGCACUCCGCAUGAAUUAGGUAUUUUACAAAGGAAAGUGGAGAGCUGUGUCAGAGGUUAAUUUACAGAUGAGUGCAGUACAAGAUGAUGAGACAAAGGGUGGACAACGUGGAGGCCACUGAAUAUUUUGUUGGUUCUAUUCUAAAUUUUGCUUUAUAGUUUGAUUUCACAUAACUUUUGUGUGCCACAGUGAAAUCGACUAGAAGAAACAUGCUUGAAUUCUUGGAGGAGCUGGUGUGGCAGGUUGUGGUACUAUCUUCACAUAUAGUUAUAGUAAAAAAGGGGGACAGCCUUUAUGCAGUCUAGUUACAAUGUUCUAUAUUGCAAGUCAUGUAAAAAAAAUACUUUAGGAUUGUGGUAUUCAGCGGUUAUAUACAAAUAUCUUCUCAGCAAAUUUGGCAUUUGAAAACAACCUUUAAACCCCAAUGGUGUCUUUCCAAGGGCAAUCUAUAUCCUUCAACUGAACACGUGAUCAUGCAGCUGGAGGGGUUAAUGAUGUUCGAGAAAAAGCAACGACAGCUGAGGCAGCCUCAAAUUAAGCAUCCAUUCACUUACUUAUCAUCGUCAUUCACUUAUCGAGUGCACCUGUAGAAUUCCCAUCAUCCAGAGAAAUGACAGGAGCCUUCCUGUUUUUCCUGCCACGGAGUUGCAAUGAGACAGAGCCGUCUUUGUCUCGUGCUGGGCUGCUCAGGAAUCGCCGCUCUCCACCUUGCAGUGUAAUGUCUGAAACAACUUGGCCUCAUACAAACAGUUCUUGAAAACUGAAAAUGACAGCUCACACCCUAAGGUCUAUCAACAGGACCACAAAGUAUAAGAAAUGCAAGCCGUUCCUUUAUGAAGUUCAUAAUAGGCCAAUUAUCACAGUUAUUGGUUUAUAUUGGAGUUAAAAUUUUCCCCUUUUAAAAUGUCUAAUUUUUGUUGGACUGGAUGUUUCUGCCUCUGUUACCUCCUGCUGGUUGUCUAUACAGUGGUCUAUCCUUAUCAUCUUAUUGUCUGAAUCAGAUUCUGUGUAUUAACAUAUUUCGUAGCUCAUAAGACAGACAGUGGUGCAUAUUAAAUAUGAGCAUUUUUUGUGCAGAUAAUGUGAAUAUCACUGUAUUGUCUCAUGAAUAUCCCCAAAACUCUUGAGUGUGCUUUGUUUCACAAUCUUGUUGUUAUCUCUAUUGUAUGUGGACCUUUUUCUACCAUGAGUUUUUUCUUUAAUUAACUUUCUUUAACAAUACUUGAAUAAUGACUCUUGUAACAUUUUUCUUCUUUAGUAAAAAGCUUAUGAGCCUUGGUUUCCGUGUGAAGGGCCAUGGUGACUGUCUGCUGGACCACUGGAUAUUUCCCUAGUCAUAACACAGCUAUAGCAAAACACUUUUCUAUAACAAUCUCAUUUAUUUAAUUUCCACAGAAACUGAAUCCUGGGUUUCAAGAGCUGUACCUUGAAAUAUAUGACUCUUUAAUCAGUCUAUGUAAUACUAGUUUAAUAUCUCUGAUAAAUUAACUGUUCAAUGAUAUUCAUUGUGAUGCAUCUGUAAGUAGAGUAGUGUCUCUGCUGCCCUCACACAAGUUGUCACUCAUACUAAAACUAGAGACAGCACCAUUCAAAGCUUCUUUUGUUGUUUGAAUAACGUACAAAUCCCCAAUCAUUUCCUUCUUGCUUCAAUGGUUUUCAAUAGCUAGUGGCAAAGAGUAACCCCCUCUGUUCCGACGUGCUCGUUAAGACAUCCUUUUGAUCAGCACAAAUACCGAGUGGAUUUUCUUAUAGCUGUUGGUGCUAACCGAUUGUCUAAUUAUUUGAAUUAAACCAAAGAUUAACCAGAUUUGAAGAGCAUAGAACAUUAAGUAUUUAUAGAACAUUCAAUGAAUACA